AGGAGGGAACGGAAAGGCAACGGUAGGGAACCGACCGUCCAGCGAGGAGCCGAGCGCGUUCGAGCCGAGCCGAAGCGGAGCCGAGCCAACAAGCGACUUCACUGCUGCCAUCUCUCGGACCCCGGAGAAAUUACGUCGCUCUUUAGUGCGGACAUCUGGCCGUGUACUUUACUUCACUUCCACUUCCACGUGAGCUUCGGUGAGGUCACGUAGUGCUGUCAGCUGUUCACUGUUGUUGUCUGAGUUCUGAGUUGUUGGGAAGAAAUGGAGCACCUUCCCGUUGUCGAGCAAAUCGUCGGGCUGACGAUGGCUCUCGUAGAAGAAGAAGAACUCGAGCACGAGGACCUUGCUCGAGCUGUGGCGCUUUUGAGUGUGUGGGAAAUAAUUGCCAUUGAGGAGGAAGGUUUAUUUCUCGGUGAGUCGUCAGUCGUCGCUAGGUUAUGAAGCGUCCUGUUACAAUCGCAUGUUUGCAAAUUGCAUUCCUUUGUCUGAUUUCCAUUUGUUUGCAGAAGGAGGAGAGGCGUCCUGGGAGUACGUCGCUGCGAACAUUGAUGACUAUCAUAGGAUGUCAAACAACUGUUUCAAGAUGCAUUUUCGAAUGAGUAGGCCUGUUUUUGAGUCUAUUUCUACAAUAGUCAAAGAUCAUCUGAUAGCCAAACGCAGACUUCAGAGAGAAAGAACUGAUUUUAACGAUAUUAUGCUCAUGGUUAUAUGGCUGCUUGCUACCCCCGACUCCUUCAGAAGCGUUGCAUUACGUUUUGGUGUUGUGCCUAGCAUCCUAUACUAUUUCUACAUAUAUAUAAUUGAAGCAUUACGUGAGCUGUCAGCUAAAUACAUCUCUUGGCCCAAAGAAGAAGAGAGGGCAGUCAUAAAGCAGACCUUUGAGAGAGCAACGGGCUUUCCUGGAGUGAUAGGAUGCAUAGACUGCACACAUGUUUACAUCACAGCCCCUGUCCUUGAUGCCCAGCAGUAUGUUAAUCGUCACCACACUUACAGCAUUAAUGUUCAAGCUGUGGUAGACAACAACUUGUUAGUUCGCCAGUUGCACGUAGGAGAGGCUGGCAGUGUAAAUGAUGCACGAGUCUUCCGGAAGAGUAACUUGUAUGGAGAUCUUUUGCACAGGCCUCUGGGAGCCAUAAGAAAUGUAGAUGAGCACCUUGUUGGAGAUGGGGCUUACACGGUGACUGAUUUUAUGAUGAAACCCUUUCAAAACAAUGGUGUUCUGACCAACAGGCAGAAACAAUUUAACAAAUCUCUAUCUCAGUGCAGAGUCAGAGUUGAAAACGCCUUUGCACUGGCCAAGGCAAAGUGGCGGCGUCUAAAGUUUAUGCAUGCUAGAAAUCCACGCAAUGUGGUUGACCACAUUGCUGCCUGCUUUGUGCUGCACAACAUGAUAAUGACCCAUGGUGAACCUGUUAUAGAUGAAGAGGCAUUGGCAAGACCAAUUCGACGCAAUCAAGUUUUGGGCAAUGAAAAUUUCAACCUUGAUGAAGGUGACAACAUUGCAGAUGAUGAUCAGCAGCUGCAAGCGGCAGCGGAAGUUAGGGGAGAGGAGAAGAGAUUGAUGAUAAUGAAUGAUGUUUUACCUAAUGUAGAGGGGGAAGAAGAGGAAGAGCAGGAAGAAGAUUUUUAGAGUUGUGUGCUUGUU